GAAAUCUAGUUCCACUAACUAUUGAUUUCUUACCAAGCCCUGGCGACAAUGGCCUGGUUCAACGCCCUUCUCCGGUGGAGAGUCUCGGGGUAAUUGAUUCUAAGGGCUUCGGGAGAUAACCGUCUCCUUGAGAAGUGUCUAGAGUUGUUUCACGGUGGACUCCCGAUGGAGCUUUCAUGCCGGCCAUGAUAGAUGAGCCGACCGUAUAUAUAGAUGGGUGAGAACACUCGUCUCGUCCUUUCUCUCGUUCUCCAAACACGCAGGUUUCUUCUGUUCUUCUUUCUUUACACACUCUCUUAUACUACCCGGUCCGUGACCGUCUCAUUCUUUCUCUUUCUACAUUCAUUUGAUUAGGUAUACUGGUAUACCGAUCCAUUCUCUGAUAAACUUCUUUCUUCGAUCUUAUUCAAAACUCAAUCAAUUACACCCCCGUUCAAAAUGAAGCAGACUGGUACCAUCCUUGCCCUUGCCGGCCUCGUCUCCAUGGCUCACGGCCACGGUUUCGUUACCUCCCCCAAGCCCCGUAUGCCUGGUACUGCUUUCCAGGAGGCCUGUGGUCAGCAGAUGUACAACAACCAGCAGGCCGACAACUACGGCAACGUCCAGGGUGAACUGCAGGUUGCCAAUGGCCAGAACGACUUCGAUGCCGCCAAGUGUGACGCCUGGCUUUGCAAGGGUUACAAGUUUGACGACAACAAGGACAACGUCUUCCAGUACACCCCUGGCCAGAACGUCGACUUCACGGUCGACAUCCGUGCUCCUCACACCGGUGUUGCCAACGUCUCCGUCGUCGAUACCGCUUCCAACACCGUCAUCGGCGAGGCCCUCAAGUCCUGGGACGUCUACGCUUCGACCGAGACCGGUGUUAAGGAGACCGACAAGAAGUUCAGCGUCACUCUCCCCAGCGACCUCGGUGGUAAGUGCUCUGAGGCUGGUGCUUGUGUUCUCCAGUGGUACUGGUUUGCCGAGUCCAUCGACCAGACCUACGAGUCCUGCGUUGACUUCACCAUGAGCGGCUCUGGCUCUGGCUCUUCCUCUGGCUCUUCCUCCAGCGCCUCCUCCGCUGCCUCUACCGCUGCUGCUACUGCCUCCUCCACUGCCACUGGUGUCGCUGUCACUGCUACCCCUACCACCGGCAACAACGUCGCUGCCCCCAGCGGCUUCGCCACCAGCGCUAAGCCUUCCGCCACCUCUGCCCCCAGCUCUGCUGCUUCAACCGUCACCAUCCCCACCGACGGCACCGCGGAGGAGAAGCUCAACUGGAUCGCCAGCCUUCUGCAAACCCUCGUCAAGUACACUGCUUAAAAAAGUGAUGUGAUUUUACCAAUCUGUUGGGUGUGAAUAGAUUUAUACAUACUUCCUAGCACGUGAAUAGAAUUUG